AUGGACGAGACGAAACAAGACGAUGGUAGUAAUGCUAAGGAUGAUGACGAUGAUAUCUUGGAAGCAUUCGGAAUUUCUACAGCACCAAGCAAAGAUAGUCCUAGAGAGUACUAUACUGCUUCCGAAAAUGAAGAUGACGAUGAUUUUGCUGAAGAAGGAGAUGACGAUGCUGAUAUAUUGGAAGCCUUUGGAGUAACUGACCCACCAAAAGAAAGUCCAAGGGGGUAUCAUUCUGCCUCAGAGAAUAAAUACGAAAAUGAUGAUUCCGAUACAUUAGAGGCAUUUGGAGACAAUGGUCCACAGGAAGAAGAGAAUUCAAAAAAUCAAAAUACCGUACCAACAGAUGAUGAAGAUGAUGGUGAUAUACUAGAGGCAUUUGGAGUCGAGGAUUCACCAAAUCAGGAGAGUGCGAGUUCGUCAGAAGACGAAGAGGAUAAUGCUGAUAUACUAGAGGCAUUUGGAGUCGAGGGUUCGCCAAAUCAGGAGAGUGCCAGUUCAUCAGAAGACGAAGAGGAUAAUGCCGAUGUACUAGAGGCAUUUGGAGUCACGGGUUCACCAAAUCAGGAGAGUGUGAGUCCAUCAGAAGACGAUGAAGACGAUGCUGAUAUUUUGGAAGCAUUUGGAGUCACGGGUUCACCAAACAGGGAAAGUCCAUCAGAAGACGAUGAAGACGAUGCUGAUAUUUUGGAAGCAUUUGGAGUCACGGGUUCACCAAACAGGUCAGAUGACGAUGAAGACGAUGCUGAUAUUUUGGAAACAUUUGGAGUCACGGGUUCACCAAAUCAGGAGAGUGCGAGUCCAUCAGAAGACGAUGAGGACGAUGCUGAUAUUUUGGAAGCAUUUGGAGUCACGGGUUCGUCAGAAGAUGAGAUCUCAAAAGAGCCCAGUAUUGAAGACGAUGCCGAUAAUGCCGAUAUUCUGGAGGCAUUCGAUUUCUCCAGUCCUCCAAGAGAGGUAUCUGGAGUACCCAACACCAUGUUGGACGGAAAAGACGACGAUGAAGGCGAUGGUGCUGAUGUUCUAGAAGCAUUCAGCCCAUCAAGUGAAGAAGUUGCUGAACAGUAUAUCAGGGUCGCGUCUCUGCCAGUGGAGCAACUGCAACAAAACGAGAAACAAAAAACCAUGUCGCAUUCACAACAUGCAGUAGGCUCUCAAGAGCGACGUGGCUCUUUCUUUCAACUAUUUGGUUCACCACGCCCACAACAAAGGAUAUCAGAGGCAAUGUUAGAGGAAGAAAAGAGAGUGAAAUUCCAAAUUGUCAAGGAUUUUGUAGGAGAAGACAAAGCAACACCUCCGACCAAGUGGGGAUCUCUGAUUAUUGAUGAGGCAUCGAAGGAAGCCGAGCGGGGAUUCAAGCUUCCAGAAAUACCUUUAUCCAAUGACGAAUCUCACUUGGAAGAUUCGUCGUCAUCUGCAGGAUCGCCACCAUCAUCACCACGAAAGGAAAAGGCUAUAUCAGGUAACUCACCUGAUGACACUCCGCUCCAAGGGGCUGAAGAACAAGAGAGCGAUGUUGAUACAAGUCAUCAUUCUUCAGUAUUUGGUAGCCUGCGAAAUAUGUUUCAAGGGGACCUUGAAAUAGCUGGAGCUGACAGCGUUGAUGAAAGUGAACAUCCGAGGACCAAUCAAAAGCAUAAAUUGGGUGAAGAAUCGAGCAAUCCACGGCCUACUAGUGAUGUCGUUGACAAGAUAACGGAAGAUGUGGGAAGUAUUGAUGAGGAUACCAAAUCAUUCAAGGAAGAUCAAAAACAGGAUGAUGUCAUUGAUUCAAGUCGGAGGUCAUCUGCUUUUGGUAGUUUACGGAACCUGUUCCAAGGAGACCCUGCCACAAAUCAUACAUCAACUGAGCCCACCGAACAUGACGCCGAAGAUCAAGUCGAUGGGACGGCACCACAGGAUCCUGUAAGGGACAACAAUCUGGAAGAAGAUGAAAAACUUGACAAAACCAACUCGCGAGUCGACCAAGAACAAAACGAUGAUAAUGCCAUUGACAUGAGUAAACGAUCUUCUGUAUUUGGUAGUCUACGGGAUCUAUUCCAAGGAGAACUUGAACGCAAUCCCAAAGACGCAAAAGUCGCAAAUGGCUCCAACCAAAAUAACAUAGACCUGAUUGAGGAAAUAGAUGAUUCUCAGCCAGAUGGGCCCAUUGUCAAUCCUGAUCAAUUGGAAGCACAAUUCAUGACGCCUGAACCACAGAAGUCUCUGUUGGGCGUUCUUGGAUUGUCCUCGUCUACAAGAGAAUCGCUGCUACUGCCCAAGGCAGAGGAGGAGGAUGUAUUGGAAGAAACUUCCAUUGAGCGGGAGGAGAUAACUGACGAAAUCGCUUCACCUCAAGCACAAAAGUCAUUGCUAGGAUUUCCUGGAUUGUCCUUGCCACAAAGUGAAUCGAAAGCGCUACCAGAAUUAGAAGACGAGGCAACACCAGAAAAGAAGGAUGUUCUCAAUGAAGAAUCAAAAAAAGAAAAGAAAUUUGUUGAACCAGAAGCUCCGACACAAACGCUUUUCGGCUUCCGCUUCCUGGGCCCCAAACCUGCGAAUGCAAAAGCAACAGAAGAAAUCCAGGGAACCAAAUCGGAAGAAUCAAAUAACAGUGCAGCCAUCCCAAAUAAUGAACAACAGCAAAAGUCGGCACCUUCUCCAGCGAAAGAAGUGGCGCCUAAACAAAAAGCCCCGCCUUUGUUCGGGUUCUUCCGACAAGGACAAAAGCAAGAAGAAGCCGAAUCAAUAAGAACAAAUCCACUAGAAUUGGAGAAACAAAAGCAGGAGGAGAGACUGAAACUACUCUUGGGAGAGGAGGCGCUCGAGGAGCAACAGCUUGCCCAGAAGAACUUGAUCCAAGCCGCAAAGGUUCAAGAGUCCGAACAGCCUAUUUCGGACCAAGCUGCGGACAAGACGAAUGGAGGCAACAGUAAAACAGCCAUCAAGAGCGCGGGGUUUGAGUCUUUUUUCUCUCCAAAACCAAAAGCAAAAGGGAAGAAAAUGUCAUCAAAAACCGAUGCCUCAGACAAUAAAAAGGAUGUCGAACACACUGAAGCUUCGCAAGAAGUGGCUCCCUAUGUUCCUAUUGUAAUUGAAGAAGAUGCCUACACACCAAAAGAGCCAAGAGUUAGUGUCUUCGGUUCACUUUUCAGCCCUGGAAGAGAUGAAUCAUCACCACCCGAAAAGUCACUCAAUGCCAGCUCAAAAGAGGAGAUGAUGACAUUGGAGAAAAGCGAUGAAACUAAAGGCGAUGAAGUUAUUGAAGCCGACAGCGUCGAGGAUGCCAAAGAUACGCUCCAAGUUUCUAGUCGCAGCUUUGUUGAAUCGAAUGAGAAUAAACAAGGAGGACCAAGGGUUGGAGUCUUUGGUUCCAUUUUCAACUCGAACCGAAGUGAAGGAAUGUUGUCAGAGAAGGAUCAUGACGAGGAGAAAAGUGAAAGCGACACAGAAAAAUACAGUGUCGAGGUGGCAGCAGAAUCAGCCAAGUCGACUGGACCAGUAGUGGAACACAUGGGAACAAAGUCUGCUUUGGAACUUGAGAAGGAGCGACAGCAAAAGCUUCUUAUGGAUCUGUUGAAGCUUGACGAAAAUGCGAUGAAGGAUCAACAAGAUCAGCAGGCCGUGUUGGUUUCUCAGACUGUAUCUCAAAAGAAAGAAGGCAGAAGUACCCUUGGAAGUGAGUCAUUAGAAGCACCCAAAGAGCUGGUCGCCACUGUUGAUGAGAACGAUGUGACUGCUCCAAAGAACUCAAGAUUUGGAGGUUUUGGGUCGCUCUUUGUACCGGACGCUAGACAGGCAACGUCUUUGUCUUCUGGUGUCACUGAUGAACCCAAGGGUGGUGAAGUUAUUGAAGCCGACAGCGUCGAGGAUGCCAAAGAUACGCUCCAAGUUUCUAGUCGCAGCUUUGUUGAAUCGAAUGAGAAUAAACAAGGAGGACCAAGGGUUGGAGUCUUUGGUUCCAUUUUCAACUCGAACCGAAGUGAAGGAAUGUUGUCAGAGAAGGAUCAUGACGAGGAGAAAAGUGAAAGCGACACAGAAAAAUACAGUGUCGAGGUGGCAGCAGAAUCAGCCAAGUCGACUGGACCAGUAGUGGAACACAUGGGAACAAAGUCUGCUUUGGAACUUGAGAAGGAGCGACAGCAAAAGCUUCUUAUGGAUCUGUUGAAGCUUGACGAAAAUGCGAUGAAGGAUCAACAAGAUCAGCAGGCCGUGUUGGUUUCUCAGACUGUAUCUCAAAAGAAAGAAGGCAGAAGUACCCUUGGAAGUGAGUCAUUAGAAGCACCCAAAGAGCUGGUCGCCACUGUUGAUGAGAACGAUGUGACUGCUCCAAAGAACUCAAGAUUUGGAGGUUUUGGGUCGCUCUUUGUACCGGACGCUAGACAGGCAACGUCUUUGUCUUCUGGUGUCACUGAUGAACCCAAGGGUGGUGAAGUUAUUGAAGCCGACAGCGUCGAGGAUGCCAAAGAUACGCUCCAAGUUUCUAGUCGCAGCUUUGUUGAAUCGAAUGAGAAUAAACAAGGAGGACCAAGGGUUGGAGUCUUUGGUUCCAUUUUCAACUCGAACCGAAGUGAAGGAAUGUUGUCAGAGAAGGAUCAUGACGAGGAGAAAAGUGAAAGCGACACAGAAAAAUACAGUGUCGAGGUGGCAGCAGAAUCAGCCAAGUCGACUGGACCAGUAGUGGAACACAUGGGAACAAAGUCUGCUUUGGAACUUGAGAAGGAGCGACAGCAAAAGCUUCUUAUGGAUCUGUUGAAGCUUGACGAAAAUGCGAUGAAGGAUCAACAAGAUCAGCAGGCCGUGUUGGUUUCUCAGACUGUAUCUCAAAAGAAAGAAGGCAGAAGUACCCUUGGAAGUGAGUCAUUAGAAGCACCCAAAGAGCUGGUCGCCACUGUUGAUGAGAACGAUGUGACUGCUCCAAAGAACUCAAGAUUUGGAGGUUUUGGGUCGCUCUUUGUACCGGACGCUAGACAGGCAACGUCUUUGUCUUCUGGUGUCACUGAUGAACCCAAGGGUGGUGAAGUUAUUGAAGCCGACAGCGUCGAGGAUGCCAAAGAUACGCUCCAAGUUUCUAGUCGCAGCUUUGUUGAAUCGAAUGAGAAUAAACAAGGAGGACCAAGGGUUGGAGUCUUUGGUUCCAUUUUCAACUCGAACCGAAGUGAAGGAAUGUUGUCAGAGAAGGAUCAUGACGAGGAGAAAAGUGAAAGCGACACAGAAAAAUACAGUGUCGAGGUGGCAGCAGAAUCAGCCAAGUCGACUGGACCAGUAGUGGAACACAUGGGAACAAAGUCUGCUUUGGAACUUGAGAAGGAGCGACAGCAAAAGCUUCUUAUGGAUCUGUUGAAGCUUGACGAAAAUGCGAUGAAGGAUCAACAAGAUCAGCAGGCCGUGUUGGUUUCUCAGACUGUAUCUCAAAAGAAAGAAGGCAGAAGUACCCUUGGAAGUGAGUCAUUAGAAGCACCCAAAGAGCUGGUCGCCACUGUUGAUGAGAACGAUGUGACUGCUCCAAAGAACUCAAGAUUUGGAGGUUUUGGGUCGCUCUUUGUACCGGACGCUAGACAGGCAACGUCUUUGUCUUCUGGUGUCACUGAUGAACCCAAGGGUGGUGAAGUUAUUGAAGCCGACAGCGUCGAGGAUGCCAAAGAUACGCUCCAAGUUUCUAGUCGCAGCUUUGUUGAAUCGAAUGAGAAUAAACAAGGAGGACCAAGGGUUGGAGUCUUUGGUUCCAUUUUCAACUCGAACCGAAGUGAAGGAAUGUUGUCAGAGAAGGAUCAUGACGAGGAGAAAAGUGAAAGCGACACAGAAAAAUACAGUGUCGAGGUGGCAGCAGAAUCAGCCAAGUCGACUGGACCAGUAGUGGAACACAUGGGAACAAAGUCUGCUUUGGAACUUGAGAAGGAGCGACAGCAAAAGCUUCUUAUGGAUCUGUUGAAGCUUGACGAAAAUGCGAUGAAGGAUCAACAAGAUCAGCAGGCCGUGUUGGUUUCUCAGACUGUAUCUCAAAAGAAAGAAGGCAGAAGUACCCUUGGAAGUGAGUCAUUAGAAGCACCCAAAGAGCUGGUCGCCACUGUUGAUGAGAACGAUGUGACUGCUCCAAAGAACUCAAGAUUUGGAGGUUUUGGGUCGCUCUUUGUACCGGACGCUAGACAGGCAACGUCUUUGUCUUCUGGUGUCACUGAUGAACCCAAGGGUGGUGAAGUUAUUGAAGCCGACAGCGUCGAGGAUGCCAAAGAUACGCUCCAAGUUUCUAGUCGCAGCUUUGUUGAAUCGAAUGAGAAUAAACAAGGAGGACCAAGGGUUGGAGUCUUUGGUUCCAUUUUCAACUCGAACCGAAGUGAAGGAAUGUUGUCAGAGAAGGAUCAUGACGAGGAGAAAAGUGAAAGCGACACAGAAAAAUACAGUGUCGAGGUGGCAGCAGAAUCAGCCAAGUCGACUGGACCAGUAGUGGAACACAUGGGAACAAAGUCUGCUUUGGAACUUGAGAAGGAGCGACAGCAAAAGCUUCUUAUGGAUCUGUUGAAGCUUGACGAAAAUGCGAUGAAGGAUCAACAAGAUCAGCAGGCCGUGUUGGUUUCUCAGACUGUAUCUCAAAAGCAAAAGAAGGAAUUGAGUGAAAGGGCACAUGAUGAGCUGGUUGCAGCUGAAGAGAUACCCUCACCUUACCAGAGUGGAAAUCGCUUUGGUGAACAGAAACCACAACAACAAAAAAUAGCUGAUGAGGAAGAGUGGGAAUCCUCACUGGAACCACAAUCGAGUGAAGCUGCCGAGGAGGUAAUGCCGAUCUUCGAUUCAAAUCUACCUUACUCGGCUUCCAUCGAAACACAAUCAAGAAGAUCAAAUUCGCUUGCACUCGAAAAGGAAGAAAAGCAGCGGCUAAUGAUAGAACUCUUGGGGAUUGAUAAGGAUCAAAUUGGGAUGGCCGAGCAAGCGCAGGAAGAUCUCAUACUGCAGAGUUUACAUGGCGUAUCCCCAACUGCAAUGGAGCAAAUCGAUCCAAUUCUUGAUCCGACACCGCUGCAUGAAGACAAUGAUUUUGCGGAAGAAGAUGGUUUUGCGAUAUCACAGAUUGAAAGUGUCAAGCAAUAUGAACCAAUACUAGUUGUCCAAGAUGUCACCGCUCAAAAAGCAUAUUCUUCAGCUGUUCACGAUGACAUGGUUCAAGGAAAUUCUACAUCAGCUGUUCGAGAUGAGACUUUUGAAGGUGCCAAGGAUCAAGAAAGUGUGUCAUCAGAUAUUCGAGAUGAGUCUGUACCACAAAUGGCAGAGAAUAUGAGUAUUAGCAAUCGCGGUUUUGCAGGGUCAGCUAGUCCUGGACGCCUUUCUCUGAUUCAAACAGUCUCGUCACGCUUCCGACCUUCAGUCAGAUUCGAGAAUGACGGCAAUCGCCUUGAAAUCGAAAAACAGAGGCAACAGAGACUUCUUUUAGAACAACUGAAUCUGGAUGAAGGUGAUUUUCAAAAGAAGCAGCUUGAACAAGAGGAGUUGAUUCGCCAAUGCAUCUUGGGGCGCCAGCAAGAUCUCCAAGUAGACAAAGUUGCCAAUGGUGUCAAGGAGAAACCUGGGACGAAUGUUGCACAAGCAAUUGAAGCUUCUGAUAGCAUUGAUGGCUCUAAGGAUGAGCAAGAUUCUCAAGUUCUACUCUGGUGGCGUCAAAAAUUGCGUGACAAAAAUGAUAAGACCACCAAGAUGGUGGUGCCUUCGGAAGCCAGCGUGCAGAGCGAGCUGAUCAGUGAUCUAGGUUCAACCAUAGACUCUCAAGGAUCUGAUGAAGAUAUCAAAGUCCAUGACAACAACGAACCUGGGAUGGACUUUGGCUCCCCAAGUCAGCAACAGGACGGUGCAAUCAGCUCCAUGAUCAAGACCAAGGAGGCAACGACUUCUGUAGUAGACACAAAGGACGAUACACCAACAAAAAGCAAUAUGAGCCCGAUCGAAAGCCCUUGCGAGAAAGAGAUGCCAACAGACGUUGGUGAGAAAACAAAUGAUACUGUGGUGGAUAUUCAAAUUGACCAGGCAAGAAGCCACCAAAGCAUGCCAUCACAAAAUGCUGGCAAUGAGUCUCUGGUCAAAAAUUCUGAUGGAAUCGCUGCGAUGAACAACUCCUAUCCAAACAAAACCACAAAGCCAAUAUCCAGUACUGAUAGCAGUGCAUUAGCAUCUCAACCAUCCGUCAAGUCCAUUGAAUCACCAAAACCUGGUGAAGACAGCCCAGGUGAAAGAUCCAGGAGCAAUAGCAUAGGCUCUGUUGACCACCAGCACAUCACAAGACGCAAACUUUUUUGUACUGACAAGACUACAAGGGAAAAUUCCAUCUUGUUUGCUCAUUCUGCUGAGAACGAAGACCCUGCUAACAAUGAAAUGGAUGAUUUUGUUGCUAAAGAUCUAUCAGGGGCUCGUGAUUCUGUAAAAAUGGAUAGCAACAUCAUGGAUGACGGAGAUCUGCUGCCAAAAAGCAAGCCGCUAUUGCAAGUAGAACAGAUGGAAGUUGAGCAUGAGGAUUCCAAUAGUAUCAGAAAAGGCUUUGGAACGCCCACUGUCCUUUCUGUUGCCUUUUUAAGAUUGCCAGAACCUGAUGUUAAAGGAACCAAAGAAACAAACCUGAACAAAGAUGGACCGAGCCAAGUGGUAAAAAGCUGGGGUUCAAAAAGAGUCCAUAAAUUCUUUGGAACAUCAACUGUUCUCUCUGAUGCCUUUCUACGAUUGCCAGAACCUGAUUUGAAGCAAAUGGCAGAAGAAAACCUGAAAGCAAAUGGACCACUUCAAGUGACAGAAAGUGUGGAUAAAAAAAGAAUCCAAAAAUACUUUGGGACACCAACAAUCCUUCCAGGCGCCUUUCUGCAAUUGCAGGAGCACGGUACUCACCAAAGUGCCAGAAAAAUUCUGCACGGACAUGAUUCAAUUGCUGUGAAACCUUCUGUCACACAAGAUGAUCUUGUUCCAAAUGAUAGAUCACUUCCCAAAUUGGAAGAAAACAUAGAUAUUCUCAUCCAUGAAGAGGUAGAUAUUUCCCGCACAAAUCCAAAAACAAUCCAAAAAGGCUUUGGAACACCAACAAUUCUUCCUGGUGCUUUUCUGCAAUUACCAGAGAACAAUGCCCACCACCAGGAUGCUAAAGAUAAUCUGCUCGAACAAAAUUUACUCCCAGAUCAAUUUCUUGUCACAGAAGAUGAUCCUGUACCCGAUGAUCGAUCAGUUCCUGAAUGGGAAGAAAACAAUGAUCUUUUGAUCCAGAAAACGGUCGAUCUUGAUAUGGAUGUUGAAGCAGAAGUCGGAAAAGCAUCGCAUGAAAGUGAUUCUUCUGUCCAUGAUGUCGAGAUUACUGGACCUGACAAAGACCAUCCUGAAGCCAGAGUGAAAGGUAGUGACAACGGACCUAGUCGGCAUAGAAUUGAGACAACCGAACCCUUCAAAAGUGACCAGGCAGUGGAUUUGGUUGCAGCUGGUGACCAUACUGCCUCAGCAAAAGAUUCAAUUGAGGAAGACAUCCCAAGAGUAGGGCCACUGCUAGAAAUUGCAGAAAUUGCUGUUGCUGAAUCAGACGAGAACAAGAUCUGUGCAUUGGUCAAACAAAUUGAUACCGCACUCACUGCACAGGCUUCGAAAGAACAAGAAUCUUACAAGAGGGAGCAAAAGCACAGCAGUGACCAGGAGGGAAAGACAGUCAUUUCUGAAACGGAUGACAGCGCAGAUGCAACCAUCAAUAUCAGCAUGCUUGCGGACAAUGACACUUUGGAUAUCAGCGACAAUAUCAAUAUUCUUGAUACUGUCACUAGGGCAAGAGCUGGCACAGUAGAUGUGCCAAUUCAUUCGCUUGCUGAGGAUGCAACACUAAGUGAAGGCAGACGUUCCAAUUCAGAACAUUCGGACAGACUGCCUGUUGAUUUUGAAGCAGAGCAGCCGUGUAGGUUGUAUCAUGGACAAGGUAGCAACAAGAAGACCGCAACUACUGAUGUCAAGGUUGCCACUGAAGAUGUGCGUGCCAUUGAUAACACCAGAACCAAAGUGGAUAACAAGAUGGUGCAAAGUGAAUCUUCAAUAGACGGUAGCCACCGAUUGGAAGACCCUAGGGUUCUGGCUUUUGAUUCUGCAGCUACGCUGAUUAAGGAGCCAGUUAUGCUUUGUGUGAAUGAUGAGUCUGAAAAAGAGGUUACUCUGGGCAGACCUAGCAGCAAUAUGCUGGGCACUUUGCAGAUGUUUAGAGAUGAUCCAAUAAUACCAAGCAUCCAUGUUGACCAUGAAAACACCAAAGAAGCCAAGCUUGAUUUUGAUAUUGAAAAUCUGAAGAAGGCAGCAAUUGAGCAAAAUGAUCAUCUUCAGCCGAUUAUUAAAGACACAUCAAGCAGAAAGGUUGAGAGAGUUCCAGCUGUUGAGCUCCAGCUAGAGGACAAUAAUUUGAUAGUGACUGUUGACGGUGAUCGGGUGGAAGGUGCCUUUGACAUAUCAGAAAUUAGAGACCUUGAGAAACGCGAAAGACUUUUUGCAGAUAUGCAAAGCGCAUUACCAGGUGUUGCCAUUUCUAGUUCCCAAGGAAACCAGAUAUGCAUACGCUUGAAUUUGGCAGGUAGGAGGAUGGGCUUCAAAGUGGAAAAUAAUAAAGUAUCUUUGCUUGCGGACCCAUUUGCACUGCCAAUCCAAAAUGCUCCGUGGGACCAAAUUGAAGAUGAAAACAAAGGAAUUGUCCAGUCAGUGAUGAGUGCAAAUAAGGCAGAAGAUCAAAUGCCUGAAGCAGGCAAAAUUGAUUCCGACCAGAAAGAAAACUAUUCAUCUCAUCUCAAACCCCAUGGUGGUUCUCCAAAACCAUUGACAGUGAGAGAUGAUUUGGUGAAACAUGCUGAUGACAGUGUUCAGAAUUUCAGAGCCAAAAAUAUGACAAGCGGCUCUAAGCAAAAAGAAGAUCCACCCCAAGAACAACCUGUUCCUUUCGACGAAGGGGGAAGUUUCCAUAGCAAGCUGUCGAUUGCCCCAUUUGAUGAAAAGGGGAGUUUCAAUACUAAGCAGAUGCCUGUACCUUUCGAUGAGAGGGAGAGUUUCAAUUCGGACAGUGGGAAAACGGAAGAUACAAAACAAUCCAUCUCUUUGGACAAACCUCACAAACAAGCUAGACAAGAUUUGGAGCGAUUGGAUGAAUCAAUGGACAAUAUGCCCAUGGUGGUGGAUAUGGACAGAAUACCCAAUGCGACUAUCGCAAGAGAACAAUAUGCUGGCAUAAAAUCAGCAGCGUGGCAAUUGUUGAACGAUGAAAGCCAGACGAAACCUUGCUUUCUGCCUCUCUGGGAAGAAGCUUCCCAACGAACUGAAGAUGUACCACCAUUGCCUCAGGUCCCAAUUGCUUUGAGUUUAGACAAUGGCGGGCGAUCAAGCUCAAUCAGAGGAGACCUGGAUACGCCAAAGAAGACAGCGAAAAAUCAUGUUUCAAUGUCAGAAGAAACAGAUAGAACUACUGCCAGUACUGUGAAAGCGAAAGAUGCUGGCAAAGACUCCAAAAAUUUGAAUCCAGAGAACAACGGAAGCGAUUACCUUGCGCGGUACAUAGCAGCUCGAAGUAAAGCCACAGCAAGAGCAAGAAAUGAUCUCAAGACAACCUUGGACACUACAAAGACCCGCCGCAAACGAGACCCAUCGGAAAGAAUUAAUGCCAAGAAAGUUGUACCAGCAAAGAUUUGCACCGUAGAUAGACGGGUCUUCUCGUUGCCACAGAAUGUUGGUACAGCAGAACCUGAAGGCAUCCGAAUCAGCCCAAAAGGCAAAUCAGGAGCUGCAACUGGAGCUGUCAAUACAACCAAGAGCAGCCGGUUUACCUAUCCAAGUGGUGAGCUUGCCAUUGUUGAUUAUGAGCGUAACGCGAGGCGGGGACGAGGACGAGGGCUAGUGUCCAAUGCUGAUUCUGAAACGCGGAAGAAGCCGAAAGACCAUCAAAGUAGACAGCACUGUGACAGAAACGUUGAUACCUCUUCUUACUCCCGUGAUAGUUUUCGAGCACCUCAAAGUGCCAGAAGCCGACCGCACCCCUACAUAUGGAACAAAGGAGGAGAUGAGUGGCAACAGGAACAGUUGGGUUUGGGACUUGGAUUGGGGCGACCAGAGAUGUACCGUGCUCCCCCUGGAGCUUUCUUUUAUGAAGACAGUGCAAAGGACAAGUACUCUUCAUAUCCAAGUGACCUACCAAAUGCACAAUCGCGCUAUACUUCCCCUUAUUUGAACGAUCUUUCAAGACAGGCCUAUGGUCGGAGUGCACUGGGGGCAUAUGCGCCAAAUCAAACAACACUGCUUAGGAAGCAGAAACAUACAAGUUCAACAAACAGAGCUAAGGAAAUGGAUGCACCAAUCACUUCUUCGGAUCGGAGAUUUCAGAGAAAAAGGAUCAAGGCAAAGAUGAAACGUUUGAAGACUACAGUCUCCAAGAUGGAAGACAAAUAA